GUUUAAACACUCUCUAUAGUUAAGCAUAUAAUUGACGUGAAAAUGAGCAUGAUUAGAGCUUCUGCCACUCGUGGUGCCCUCAGAGCAUCCAGUAGAAUGAGUCGUGGAUUCUCUACUUCCAGAGUCGCGUUUGUCAUUGAGGACAAAAAUGUUUCUGCCAACAAACCAACCCCUGCCAAUAUUCCAGUCAUGGCUCCAAGUCAACCACUGGCUGUACCACCUGUGGUGCCAACAAUGGCACCAACCCAACCGGCCAGCAAGACCGUCCCAUUGAGCAAGGUUCCAGUGACCACUCCACCUCCACCACCUCCAAAGGCCAAGAAGAGUGGAUCUUUCACUGGCUUUGUUUUCAAGACUUUACUUUUAGCUACUUUCUUAUAUGGAGGUACUUUAUUUGCUGCCACUAAGAAUGAAAAAGUUUUAGAUUUUGUCAUUGAUAACCAAUUACCAUUCCAUGAAGAAUUGCUUGACCUUAUUGAAAAGGGUUCAAUUAAAGAUUUCAAGAAGAAAUUGGAAGAACUUCAAACAAAGACCAAGAACUUUGAAUUCAAAUUACCAUCCAAGGAUAAGAUUGAUGAAUUAACUCAUCAAUUGGAAGAUAAAUCUGAAGAAUUUAUCAACAAGACUAAACUGAAGUUACAAGGUGGUAGUGGAACCAAUGGAGAUGAAAAGACUGCCGCAGUUACUCUUACUACUCCUAAAAUCACCCCAGUGGUAAAUGGUGGUAAACCAUCUAGUUCUCCAGCCAUUGAACAUAUCCCAUUGGUUGACAUUUCAUCUUCUUCAUCCAUAGAUUCUUCAGUGAAGUCAACCAUCAAAUCUUUCAAUGAUUUGAUUUUAUCUAUUGAUGUUGCUAAAAACCCAAAGAAUGAAAAAUUAAUUACUUUAAUUAAUGAAAAUGUUUCUAAAUUAUCAGCCAAAUUAACAAAAUUAACGCAAUCAUUUGAAGUUGAAUUACAAGAAAAAUUGAAAACUAGUCAAACUGAAUUGUUAUCUUCUUAUACAAAGAAAGAAUUAGCAUUAACGGAAAAUUUAUUAGAACAAUUUACUUUUGAAAAAAGUCAAUUAGAAAUUAAAUUGAAUAAAAGAUUACAACAAGAAAUUGAAGCCACAAAGGAAACAAUUAGUCAAGCUGCAGUCAAUGCCGUUACAUUGAUGAGAAUUGAACAAACUAAAAACUUUGAAACUUUAAUCAAUGAUAAAGUUAACCAAGAAAGAAAUGGUAGAUUAAAUAACUUGAAAUCCAUUAAUUCAAGAUUAGAAAGUUUAGAAAACUUUGCCGUUGAAUUGGAAGGUCAAUUGGUAUCAAACCAUGAAAAGGGAUUGGUUCAACAAUCAUUAAAUUCGUUAAAGAAUUUAAUUUUCAAUGUUAAAUUUAAUGAUGAACAACCAAAAUUAUUAUCCAGUUAUGUGGAAAAAUUAUCAGAAUCUAUUUCCAAGACUGAUGAUGAACUUUUAAAGUUGGCAAUUGAAGAUUUAAACCAAUUACUUGCUAAGGAAUCCACUCAUUCUAUUUUAGAUAACUCUCAAUUAUUAGCUCGUUGGGAAAUCUUGGCACCUGAAUUGAGAUCUGCAUCUUUAUUACCACCAAAUGCUGGAUUAUUAGGACAUUUAGCUUCUAUUUUCUUUUCUAAAUUGCUUUUACCAGUCAAGGGUGCCAAGCCAAACGGGAAGGACAUUGAAUCUGUGAUUGGAAGAGUUGAGCUGCUGUUGAGCCGUGGGGAAUUGGACGUGGCUGUGGAAGAAGCUGCAAACUUGAAGGGUUGGUCAAGAAAGUUGGCCAACGAUUGGGUUGUUGAAGGUAGAAAGAGAUUAGAAGUUGAAUUUUUGAUCAAUUUGAUUGAUGCUGAAUCAAAGAUUUUAUAAAUAAUUAGUGAAUACUAAAGUAUAAAUAUUCGA